AUGCCCGAGUCGUUCCGCGACCUGGCUUCGCCGUUCUUGGCAAUUACUGGUACCAAAGCUGCUUCGAAGUGGUAUAGCGAGGAUGCUGUUGCAGAGGCCAAGGAGCCGAAGGAGCUGCUCGUUGUUGAUGGACGUACCCAUGCCGACUUGUAUGACAAUGUGGAGGUUGCCGGCCCUAAGCUCAAUGAGUUCUUCGGCAAGUAUCUUGUCUAA